ACAUUUUAUCACUUAACUCGUAUAAAUCUCUGUUAAUAUUUCAACAUCGACCUUAGUUCUGUUUUUGGUAGGGUUCAAGAAAGGCGAAAAAGUACAAAAAAAUCCAAAAGUAUGAAGACCGUCAUCUUAAUUUGUGCCCUAAUCGGCGUCGCGUACGCCCAAAAUUGUGGGAUCACGGGAGUCGACGAUGAGAUAGUGACGAUUGACUCGGUGCUGGAAUUGACCGCGUUGGACGAGUUGAUCUGGACGGCGCCGACGUUCAACGUCACAGGCGCGGCGGCCAUUCAGCACCCGCACACUCGCUACUUGACGGGACUCCGGUACGCGUCGCGCUACGAGUACAAGGCCACCGCCGUCUUCAACGAGUUCAUCAAAACCGAGUGGAACAGCACUCUGGUCCGAAACGUGGUCUUCACCUGCUCCGACACGUUGACCAAGUCCUACACCUUCCUCCUCAAUGUCAUCGAUGAGAACGACCAGCCGCCGGUGUUUGCCGUGAAAGCGUACACGGCCACGGUCUCCCAAGCCGCCAACACCGGGGAACCCAUCAGCGCCAACAUUCUCGUCAGCGACGGUGACUUCGAGCUGUCCAACGCCCAGCUCAUCGUCCGCUCGAGCAACGCGCUGGUGACGCCCUUCGUGGACCCCACCUGGACGGGACAGCACCCAAGGCCCUACACCUACAGGAUCGACCUCAUCGUCAGCCAGAGCUUGGCCGUGGGGCGCUACACCAUCAUCUUCACCGCGGACGAUGGGCGCGCAUCCGACUACACCGUUUUGGACCUCGAAGUUACAGCUUAAAUGGGAAAGUUUUAGAAUUUGGAUAAUUUUUUGAGCAAUAAAAAACAUUUAGUGAAAUCAUGAA